GGGCGCCUCCCACGGGGACCCCCGCUCCCUACCCACCGCGUCCCCAUCGAGGUCCCUGCCGCCCUCGGCCUUGCUGGGGCCGGUGGGCCGCGGACCGUCUCCCAGUGUGGAGUCCCCACCCUUAGACGCCACGGUCCCGGACAAGGCCUUCGCGGGUGGGGGCCGCGUUCGAUCCUGAGUGGCCCCGCCAGGCGGUGGGGCGGGGUGGGGGUGGUCCGGGACCGGCUCUGCGCGCUGGGUCCGCCAGGGCACUGGAGGAUGCUGCGCCCUCAGAAUUAGUGGAGGGGCCUCGGACGUUCUCCCAGAACCAACUAGAACCCGUGGGGACCCUCUAGGGAUGCCAUAGGUGGAGGCUGGAGUAGGACACGGCCUCAGGAUGGGAAACACCCCCCCACACACCAGUGCCGGAGUGGGUGGAGCCCACCCUGGUGCACAGUCGGAAAGCCCGGAGAGGAGACACCUGGGCUUGGGGCAGGUGGGAUUCUGGGAGAGCAGCGAGCAGGGGCCGGAAGGGCACGGGAAGGGGACGCCACCUUUUGCACAGGUUGUUGGCUUCCUCUCUCAGACCAGCAAGGUGGGCAGACUUAACCCAUCUGGCUCAGAUGCCACCCCACUGGGAUGGGAGGAGAUGGAUCUUUCCUGAUGUCCCUGCCCUCCCCCUUGAAGCCCAGACCCUGAUUGCUGGUCUCUGUCCCCUACGCCCAGCACAGGCACAUCAUCAUCUGUGAAGGCGCUGGGUCAGGCCAGGCCCUUGGGGGCCGGCAUGGCCCCAAUGUCCUGCUGCUGCUCCCCUGCGGCCGUGCGGAGGCGGCUGCCCGUCCUGGCCUGGCUGCCCAGAUACUCCCUGCAGUGGCUGAAGAUGGACCUCAUCGCUGGCCUCUCGGUUGGGCUCACGGUCAUACCCCAGGCACUGGCCUAUGCUGAGGUGGCUGGGCUCCCACCCCAGUACGGCCUUUACUCUGCCUUCAUGGGGUGCUUUGUGUAUUUGAUCCUGGGCACCUCCCGGGAUGUGACUCUGGGCCCCACAGCCAUCAUGUCCCUCCUGGUCUCCUCCUACACCUUCCACGAGCCUGCCUAUGCUGUUCUGCUGGCCUUCCUGUCGGGCUGCAUCCAGUUAGCCAUGGGCUUCCUGUGCUUGGGGCCGUCCCUGCGGAGGUGGGAAGGGGGAACCCUAGCCUCAUCUCCUGCUCUCCGAACCAGCCCAAGCAGGGCGUGUGGCCCGCCGGUCCUUAGCCCCAGCCCCACGCAUGCCACCUCUCCCAGCCCACGGUCCCCCGUGGCUUCUGGGAUCAGCUCAGUGUGCUCCCUGUUGGCCGGCCAGGGUUCCUGCUGGAUUUCAUCUCCUGCCCAGUCAUCAAAGGUUUCACCUCCGCUGCCGCCAUCACCAUCGGCUUCGGGCAGGUCAAGAACCUGCUGGGACUGCGCGACGCCCCCAGGCAGUUCUUCCUGCAAGUGUAUCACAUCCUCCGCAAUGUCGGGGACACCAGCUCGCAAUGCCCUGGUGGUCUCCUUUGCUGCCCUGGUCGCGUACUCCUUUGAAGUGACCGGACACCAGCCUUUCAUUCUAACCGGGAAGAUAGUCGAGGGGCUCCCUCCAGUCCAGGUCCCUCCUUUCUCAGUGACCACUGCCAACAGGACAGUCUCCUUCGCCGAGAUGGCACAGGAUAUGGGGGCUGGGCUGGCCGUGGUGCCCCUGAUGGGUCUGCUGGAGAGCAUCGCGGUGGCCAAAUCCUUUGCGUCCCAAAAUAAUUACCGCGUCGAUGCCAACCAGGAGCUGCUGGCCAUCGGCCUGACCAACGUGCUCGGCUCCUUCGUCUCUUCAUACCCGGUCACGGGCAGCUUUGGACGGACAGCCGUGAACGCGCAGUCGGGGGUGUGCACCCCAGCGGGGGGCCUGGUGACGGGAGUUCUGGUGCUGCUGUCGCUGGGCUGCCUGACCUCGCUCUUCCCCUACAUCCCCAAGGCGGCCCUGGCGGCCGUCAUCAUCAUGGCUGUGGCCCCCCUGUGCGACCCCAGGAUCGUCAGGACGCUCUGGCGUGUGAAGAGGCUGGACUUGCUGCCCCUGUGCGUGACGUUCCUGCUGUGCUUCUGGGAGGUCCAGUACGGCAUCCUGGCCGGGACCCUGGUGUCUGGGCUGAUCCUUCUGCACUCCGUGGCCAGACCCCAGAUGAAGGUGUCAGAGGGGCCGGUGCUGGUCGUGCAGCCGGCCAGUGGCCUGCACUUCCCCGCGGUUGAGGCCCUCCGGGAGGCGAUAGUGAGCCGGGCUCUGGAAGCACCCCGCCCGCGCUGCGCCGUGCUGGACUGCACCCAUGUCUGCAGCGCCGACUACACCGUGGUCCUGGGGCUGGCAGGGCUCCUGGAGGACUUCCGCAGCCACGGCGUCACCCUCGCCUUCGUCGGCCUGCAGGUCCCCGUGCUGCGUGUCCUGCUGUCCGCCGACCUGAGCCACCUCCAGCACUUCCCCACCCUGGAAGAAGCAGGUGGGUGCAGCAGAGUCACCGGGGACGAGCUGGGACAGCCCAGUGUGCCCACACCCUGCAGGCGCAGACCCGCCGGACAGAACCCCGGGGGACGGGAGGGUCAGACGCUCGAGUCUGAGAGUGGGGAGCUCGGGGACGAUGGGGGGACCGUGUGCGCGUUGUCCGGGCCCCUGGUGGCAGGGUCUUGGUUCUCAGGGCUGUGAGUGUCUUCAUGUGAGGUUCGGUUCACGCGAUGACAUGCAUAGCUCUGAACGUCAGUUUGGGUUCUGACGGGCGAAUCUGGCCGGGAUGUAGGACGUUUCCAUCCUUCCAGAAAGUUCCUUCCUCCCUUCCCCAGUGACCCUCGAGGCGGAGCCCCUGUUCUGUUUCUUCCGCCGUAGUCAGCUCUGCCUCUUCCAGAGCUGCGUGUAGCUGGGGUCGUAAGACCUGUCUUCGCAUCUGGCGUCCUCAGCCCCACGUGGCGACGCUGCACACUGCACGCUGCUCUUGCUGGAGCAGCUGAGACACCGGUCGUGGAGGCUGGAUGAGCUGCGGCCCAGCCAGCAAUCGGACAGGGCCUCCACGGCACGGAAAGGGGUGCGGUGCUGACGGGGAUGGGGUGAAACCCGGCCCGGAGCUGGGGAUGCAGCCGGGGACCGCCAGCUCCCUCUGC